GGGGGUUGUCUGCACUGAGACUGAUCCAGGAUCAGAUUUAGGGAAGGCAGCUGUUGAGGGUUUGACAGGCAGACGGAUCGGAGCACUGCUGCGUAGCACAAGCAGAUUCGAGUCUGCAGAGGAGUGUCAGAUCACACUAAAACAGCAAGGAUGGUUCGUGAGCAGUACCUCACCACCACAGAUGAGUCCGGGGCUCUGGCUCCAGUCACUGACUACAUCUACAUGAUCGGCAUCUAUGGCUGGAGGAAACGCUGCCUCUAUCUGUUUGUUCUGCUUCUCCUCAUCAUUCUGGUGGUGAACUUUGCCCUCACAAUCUGGAUCCUGCGAGUCAUGUGGUUCAAUACGGAAGGCAUGGGAUACCUGCAGGUAAAUGAAGAUGGACUAAGACUAGAGGGAGAAUCUGACUUCUUGUUCCCUGUCUAUGCCCAGGAAAUUGACUCCAGAGAGGAUUCAGCUCUUCUGGUGCACUCCUCUGAAAACGUUACGCUUAAUGCUCGUAAUGCCAAUGGUGAUGUAACAGGAAGUGUGUCUGUAGGUCCCAAUCAGGCCGAGGGUUUUGGCCAAUACUUUAAUAUCAGUUCCAACCAUGAUGAAAAUGUAUUUUAUGCGGAUGUAAAUGGAGCCGUUGUGGGAAAAGGAAAGCUCCGUGUAACAGGUCCAGAAGGUGCUAUCUUUGAGCAUUCUGUCAGGACUCCAAUGGUCAAAGCAGUACUUAACAAAGAGCUAAAACUAGAGUCUCCAACACGAUCUCUCAGCAUGGAUGCCCCAAAAGGCGUUCACGUCAAAGCCUUGGCUGGAAAUGUUGAUGUGACCGCACACUUUGAUAUUCAGCUACACUCAACUGCAGGACUGUUGAUUUUAGAUGCUGAAAGUGUUCGUCUGCCGACAUUACCUGUGGGAGAAGCGUCAGAUGAAUUUCAUGGAAUUUACAACACAUAUUAUGAAGUGUGUGUUUGUCCCAGCGGUAAGCUCUUCAUCUCCAAAGCUGCCGUCACUUCGACCUGCAGCGAGAGCCAGGACUGCUGAAUGACCUUCUGUCCUUAACGCCCCCACACUAGAAACAAAUCAUGUUUGUUACAUUGAAUUUGGCAAUUUUCUUUUUUUUUUUUUUUUACAUCACGAUAUGUAUUAACAUGUUACUUAAAGAUCAGAGGGUACAUUCAUAUGUGUGGCUGGGGUUUUAUCAAGAUAGGGAAGAUGAAAUAUACAGUAUACACAACACACUUCCAUGGCAAUUUGUGGUGAAUUGGUGGUUAUAAAUUCAAACCUAAUAAAUUUGAAUCUAAUUCUUACGUUUCCAUACAAUCUGCCUACUCCACACUGACAAUUAGGUUUAAGGGAGGACCCUUAUGAUUAUUAUUAUUUAAAAAUAUGUCUAUUUAUGAAUCACAUUGUAUGAAUUCAUACAAAAUCAUCUUGUAAAAAACAUUUUCUAAUGUGAUCAGGUUUGUAGACUGUACUUCAUACUAUAUAUGGAACAAAAUUAUUGCAUAUUUUCAUCUAUUUUUUUUUUGUUUGUAUAAACAUUGUUCAAAAUUAGGCUGGGCAAUAAAGGGGCUGGUAAACAGCUGACAUCCUAUGCAAUAUAAUUUUGAGGUGCAAUAAAUAACCAAAUUCUGUGUGUUGCAUAUCAGAUUAUUGUUUAAAGAUGUACUCAUUAAUAGAGAAAUUAUUACAAAUAAAACACUUACAUGUGUCUACGAGGGUUAUUAUACUUCUGAAAUUAGUUUAAUUUCAUUUUUUUUUUUAUGUCAUGUAUAAUAAUGAAUUUCUGUCUGAAGAACUGCACUACCCGCAAUCCUGAAGCUGUAGCUUUGAAUUCUUCUGUUGAGCAUUGUAAUAUAAUCAAAUCCAAAUGUCUUUCAUGUGUGCACUUUAUACACAAUGGUUUGAUAUCAAAUUAAGCAUCUCCAUUAAUUUAAUGAGAAUAAGUAUCAAAAUGAUAAUUUACCUAUGGGAAGCUUGAAACUUUGGGAUUUGUGUGUGUGUGUGUUUUUCUCAGAACUGUUUUGCAUAUGUUCUGCUUGAAAAUGCUGAGUGAUUAUGUUUGUUUAUACAUUGGUUGGGGAUCUUCACAUUUAUAAAUCAGUUGUAUAUUAUAUUUUGGUUGAUGUAUAUUUCUUCAAUGGGAAAUCUCAUAUUUUGAGGUUUACAAAUGUAAAGAAAUAAUUACAAUACCGACCUUUGAAUGAUAUUAUAAAGCAUGUAUGAACAAGUGUAAAUUGGUUUUUCCACAUUCAAUGUUUCGGCAUGAGUUGACAUGAUAAUUUCAUUCAAACUAAAAAAAAAAAAA